UUCCGAACAUGGCGGUAAGCCAUUUUUAAAAAAGCCCACGGUCACACUGCCCAUCAGCAGCGGUUCUCUUUGCGCGUAUUUAUUUGAUCCUUUCCGAAUUUGGCUUUACAUUGGAAUUAAAGUGCCAAAAGUCGGACCGGCGUCAGAGCUACACAUCUGCUGAGCCAGCGCGUUCUUCCGAUCGAAGAAGCAGCGGUAAACAUCGACUUAGAGGAGUUUUAGGAGCGCCGACCGCACCGCAAAAUGCAGUCUCACAGCAAAAAGCGCGUUUGCUACUACUACGACAGCGACAUUGGCAACUACUACUAUGGCCAGGGUCAUCCCAUGAAGCCCCACCGCAUACGCAUGACCCACAACCUGCUGCUCAACUAUGGGCUCUAUCGAAAAAUGGAAAUAUACCGUCCCCAUAAAGCCACUGCCGAUGAGAUGACCAAGUUCCACUCGGACGAGUACGUCCGAUUCCUGCGAUCCAUUCGGCCGGACAACAUGUCGGAGUACAACAAGCAGAUGCAGCGAUUCAAUGUGGGCGAGGAUUGUCCCGUCUUUGAUGGACUUUACGAGUUUUGCCAACUUUCCGCCGGGGGAUCCGUAGCUGCGGCCGUAAAACUGAAUAAGCAAGCCUCGGAGAUCUGCAUCAAUUGGGGCGGUGGCCUGCAUCACGCCAAAAAAUCGGAGGCCUCCGGCUUCUGCUACGUGAACGAUAUUGUCCUGGGAAUUCUGGAGCUGCUUAAAUACCACCAGCGUGUUCUCUACAUAGAUAUCGACGUCCAUCACGGCGAUGGCGUGGAGGAGGCGUUCUAUACCACAGAUCGUGUGAUGACGGUGAGCUUCCACAAGUACGGAGAGUACUUCCCGGGCACCGGCGAUCUGCGAGACAUUGGCGCCGGCAAGGGAAAGUAUUAUGCGGUGAAUAUACCCCUGCGUGAUGGCAUGGAUGAUGAUGCGUACGAGAGCAUCUUUGUGCCCAUUAUCAGCAAGGUGAUGGAAACAUUCCAGCCGGCAGCCGUGGUGCUGCAGUGUGGCGCCGACUCGCUGACUGGCGAUCGGUUAGGUUGCUUCAAUCUCACUGUCAAGGGUCACGGCAAAUGCGUGGAGUUCGUGAAGAAGUAUAACCUGCCAUUCCUGAUGGUCGGCGGUGGUGGUUAUACCAUACGUAACGUGUCCCGCUGCUGGACCUAUGAGACCUCCGUGGCCCUGGCCGUGGAAAUAGCCAACGAACUGCCCUACAACGAUUACUUCGAGUACUUCGGCCCCGAUUUCAAGCUGCACAUUAGCCCCAGCAACAUGACGAAUCAGAAUACUUCCGAGUACCUGGAGAAGAUCAAGAACCGUCUGUUCGAGAACCUGCGCAUGCUGCCUCACGCUCCGGGCGUUCAAAUCCAGGCGAUUCCCGAGGACGCCAUCAACGAUGAGUCCGACGACGAGGACAAGGUCGACAAGGACGAUCGCCUGCCCCAGAGCGACAAGGACAAGCGCAUCGUGCCCGAGAACGAGUACUCCGAUUCGGAGGAUGAGGGCGAGGGCGGUCGCAGGGAUAACCGGACGUACAAGGGACAGCGGAAGCGACCGCGUCUGGACAAGGACACCAACAGCAACAAGGCAUCCUCAGAGACGUCCAGCGAGAUCAAGGACGAAAAGGAAAAGGGUGAUGGCGCUGAUGGCGAGGAGUCGACGGCAUCCAAUACGAAUAGCAACAACAACAGUAACAACAAGAGCGAUAACGACGCCGGAGCGACAGCUAAUGCCGGAUCCGGGUCGGGAUCGGGUUCCGGUGCCGGGGCCAAGGGCGCCAAGGAGAACAACAUUUGACGUGGCGGCCGCAAUUGGUUAUAGAAGCCAAUUAAGCGACCGCCGAAGUACAAGCCGCCGGAUUUCACCUAGCGUCGUCCUAUCCCCGCGCCCCCCCACCACGCCCCCUAGCCAUGUCCAGGGCUUUUUAUACCCGCCCCUUAAACAGGUCCCCCUGCGAUAGGCUCCUUUUCUAGUGGGGAUAAUCCCCAGGGGGAUAAAUCAGUAAUCAGUGGGCGGAACCUAAACUCAUCGUAGGCUUAAAUUCAACUUAUUAUUAAGUCAAUCUGUGCAGAUGGAAAGUGUAUAAGCUAAGCAAAAAAAGUAAAUGCAUUCAUACAAGCGAUCCAAUGUGGCGAAUCACGCAGAAACUAAUUUAAUCAAAUAAAAAUAUUUAUAAAUACCAA